AACACGAUGCAGUCUGCACACCUUUGCUAUUCCUGUGCGUACACGAUUUAGUUAGUCUGGUGGCCCCUUAGUGAGAUCGCAUUAAUUGUGUUUUUUAAUUAGAUAUGAAGGUCGGGUCUAGUCAUGCAUGAGUCAUAUCCAAGUGUUGAAUUUCUGAACAACAUGAGGUGCCCUAAUGUAACGCUCCCCAGCUUCAUGCCUAGUUUGUGUCAGAUCAAUUCAGAAGCUUAAUAAAUUCCAUCUGGGCGAUUUCAGUCAAUGGCCAUCGUUGCAAAUCAGUAAUUUUUCUUCUUGCAAAUAAUUAAUACUAUUAUUUCCAUUAAACGUUCAAGAUUUUGUGAUAAACCGCGGUGGCGCAUGUAAACUACAAAGAUGGCGGACUUCAUUUGUUUUUAAUUGAAAUUUCUUCUUCGUUUUCAUCAGUUGUUCUUCUGCUGUUCUCAACAAUGGAUUGUAGGCAUAUUGCCUAACACCAGGAUUUUUUGAAAUCCAAGUUAUUCUUGAAAGUUGUUUUGUUGAAGGUUAUCAGUUCAAGCAACUGGACACUUGAGGCAACUCUUUUUUAUCUCAUCAAACGGAUUCUGAGAAGGGGCCAUUUGUUCUAAUCCGUUAAACGUUCAUAUUAGUUAUUGUUUCCCCAAAAAGCUGGCCGAGAUGGACACUACUAAUACUUGUCCCAAAAGUGAAGAAUUGAUUCCUACUGCAUCAAAAAAUAUGGCAAUUUCCGCAGGGAAAAAAAAUUUGACAGACAACUGCCUGUAUUGUGGUGAGCGUCUCGAUCCGACAAGACUUGUGUUUCAAGUAAAUUUGCUAACAUUGAAAGUGUCGUGUCAGAGCUGUGAUAAAAAGAAUUACUUUGGAAAAAUUCGUCAAAUUCCGAUGCCACUUCCAUCGCCUCCAGUGAUAAAACGUCCGGCCGGAUACCAGUUACGUGAAAGAAAUCAGUCGGAAUAUCAAAUCUUCUUUGAUUCAUCUUCUAAUAAAGAAUCGUCUGGAGAAGAGUCUGAAGAAGAGUCUCCAUUGACUACGACUGCUGAAAACCAAGAAUGUGUGUCAUCGUCGAAUCGCUUAACUCCAGAAGAAAUUUCGGAGCUCAUGUGUUUGGAAGCUCAAGCAAAGAGGCUAGAGAGGGAGAAACAUUUAAAUAGAAAAAAUCCUGAAUCGGAUACGUCAAAUUCGUUGUAAAUGCUUUAACUGUUAUCUCGACACUUAUUCGGUAAAAACGUUGUAAUUUAAAUAAUAAAAAUUCAGAUAAUAAAAAACACAGAUUUGUUUGCCUAAAAUUUGAA